CUUUACUUUCUGCUCUGCAUCAUUAAAAAUAACGAGAACAACCCCACCUCGCACCCGUCACCGCGCCACAAAAAGAAAAAAAGACUUUGUACAGAAAUUGGAGUGAAAAUGGAUAUGAUAAGUAAAGAGCACAAGAAGGAAAAGUUGGGGUUUGAGGAAACUGAGCUGCUUUUAGGAUUACCUGGCGGAGGAGGGAUUGUUAAUGGAGAUUUGGUGAUAAAUGGUAAAAGAGGGUACACAGAAACUGUGGAUUUGAAGCUCAAUCUUGCUUUGAAGGAGACUGGGAAAGAGGAGAAUUCGCAGAAAGAGAAGAAUCUCAUUUCUUGCUCUAAUGAUUCAAUCAAGUCCCCUUACAAGGCACAAGUUGUGGGCUGGCCACCAGUUCGGUCCUUCCGGAAAAGUAUUAUGGCGGUUCAAAAGAGAAACUCCGAGGAGGGAGGUGGUGCUGCUGCCUCUUUUGUAAAGGUUAGCAUGGAUGGUGCACCUUACCUUCGCAAAGUUGACUUGAACAUGUACAAAAGCUACCAAGAUCUUUAUGGCGCCUUAGGCAAAAUGUUCAGCUCCUUUACUAUGGGUAAAUGUGAUUCUCGAGGAAUGAUGGAUUUCAUGAACGAGAGGAAGCUAAUGGAUGUUCUGAAUGGAUCUGAUUUUGUUCCAACUUAUGAAGACAAAGAUAGUGAUUGGAUGCUUGUUGGGGAUGUCCCAUGGGAGAUGUUUGUUGGAUCAUGCAAGCGUCUCCGCAUAAUGAAAGGAACAGAGGCAAUAGGACUUGCUCCUAGAGCCAUGGAGAAAUGCAAGAACAGAAGCCAAAGCAGUGAAUUACAGUGCAGCCUGCUGUUUUAAUCUUUGCGGUCCAAAGGCAUAAAUGCAGGAGAUGAAUGGAGCAGGAUG